AUGGCGACCAGCAACGAAGUGGCGUCACGUCUGAUGGAGAUCCCUGACCACCUCCUGGCGGAGAUCUUCCUCCGGCUGCACGCCCCAGAAGACCUCGCGCGCGCCUCCGCCGCGUGCGUCUCCUUCCGCCGACUCGUCACCGACCAGUCCUUCCUCCGCAGCUUCCGCCGCCUCCACGCCCAGCCACUCCUCGGCUUCCUCGACCACGACGGCUUCAACCCAGUCCAACCGCCGCACCCCUCCGCGCCCGCCGCCCGCGCGCUCGCGCACGCCGCCGACUUCUCCUUCGCCUUCCUCCCCUCCCACUGCCGCUGGGCCGUCCGGGACAUCCGCGACACCCGCGUCCUCCUCGUCGACCCCCAACACGACGAGUGGGCUCCGGUCUUCAGGGAGGUCGCCGUGUGCGACCCCUUGCACCGGCGGUACGUCCUGCUGCCCCCACUACCUCAGGACCUAGCCGCCUCGGUGGAGCAUUUCCUCCUCCCCCUCGGCGAGGAACCAGAGGCGGCGUUCAGAGUGAUCUGCGUGGCACAUUUCAGCACCAGGGUGGCGGCCUUCGUCUUCUCGUCCAACACCGGACAGUGGCAAGCCGCUGCAUCCAAGAAUUAUAGCCAUGGCAUAGGUAGCAGCGAGGCGACCACUAUGCAUAUGGCUGCUUCCAUCAGGAGACUCAGGUGCCAUUACGCCAACGGCUGCUUCUACUGGGACACCGCCCGGUUCGGCAACCUGGUCGAGGAGGAGAACAGGUUGCUCGUGCUCGACACCCACAGGAUGGACUUCUCCAUGACCGACCUUCCGCCCGGUAACUGGGGAAGGGCAGAUCUAGCCAUUGUGGGGGCAGGUGAAGGCAGGAUCGGGAUAUUUGGUUUCGAUCGCGGAACUCCAUCUGUCCUCAGUUACGCCGUCGUUGCGCGAACCAAAGGCAAGAGUCCGAGCCUGUGGCAGAUUGAGAAGAGAAUCUCGCUAGAUCCUAGGUACGAUUAUCGUAUCGAGGAUGCAACAGAGAGGUACUUGCUCUUGUCAAGGACAGAAGCCUCGUCACCGACCGGAUAUUUCUCAAUUGACAUCAAGACAUUGAAGCUUCAGAGGGUUUGUGUGAAACAACGCAUGCGUUUAGUGCCCAAGUCAGAGACACGGAUAUAUACCAACUUCCCACCACCCUUGUUGUCUUCAAGGGCAAUAUGAAGUGGUAAAAUCAUCUUUUGCAUCCUAGUUAUCUCCUUCCCUCCAUAUAACCAUCACAUGACUUGCCUAAUGCUUGAUUUGUUCAAAUACUGCAGUCAGUAACCACCACCCUUAGUAAUAUGUAUUUUCUUGUCCAACUGCCGUGUUUAGAGAAUGAGGGUAGUAGGAAAAAAAAGGGGUAUUUCAUACAAGUAGCUCGUGCAUGAGUGUGCUGAUGGAAUCACAAAAAACAGUAGAUCGACCACUGUCAAUUAUUUCUGAGUAGCAGUU